UGACAGCGCUCCUGGGAGGAGCUGUGCUAGGCGGUGCAAGGAGGUCCGGCCAACAGUGCAGGCAUGGAACGCUUCGCAGGCAGCACUAGUUGUAAGCUCUGUAUCUCAACAAAUGCCGGCGUGCUAGGGACAGGGAGUGGGUGAUCAACUACCACUAAUGUAACCAGGAUAUUUCCGCGAAGAGAAAAAAAAUGUUAUCCAACAGCAGUUGUAAUGACACUUUUAAUCACGUGAUCCCGCACAAACACCAACCACAUUGGGUGCUUGUGAUAUGGAUUAUCAUGUCCCUAGUGCUGGUGGGUGAGUCUGUUCUCACCGUCUACGUCAUUUGGAUAUGUCCCAGGAUGAGGAGGAAGACGUCUACCAAGCUUGUCACUAACCUGGCCAUCAGUGGAGGCUUGUGUGGCUGUCUCCUCAUUCUCUUGACCACAGCAAGACUGACACACAGUGUGAUAGAACCGACGGUGUGGUGCAUCAUCAUCCUCCCACGUUACUUACACAUCGUCUCCGUCCUCUGCCUCUCCUGUCUGGCUCUCGAUCGCUACUUGGCCAUCUGUUGGCCACUGCGGUACAACGAUCUACUGACGGACUCCCGCUGCAAGGUUCUGGUCUUGGGCUGCUGGAUUGUGCCAGUGUCAGGGCUCAUCGUUCUCUAUCUGAGUGCUGUCCUACGCUGCUCUUUCCACCCCAAACCGUUCGUCACGACGUACUUGACUGUGUUCACCGUGGCGUCCCUGGCGGUGGUGCUGAUGUACGUACUGAUGGCGCGAGAGUUCCGGCGGCGUCGACACGAGAUGGAACAUUCCAACAAAACUAUGGAGGAGGACAACCGCCGCAUCCGGGUGAAGACAGCCAUUGAUGUCCUCGUUAUUGUUUUCCUCAACCUGCUCUUGGCUCUCCCUGAUGUGAUAAUGAACCUACUGAGGGUGGUGGAGGCGGUAGAGUGGAACCAGCGCUAUAACGUGGCCCCGCUGCUGUUGGUGUUCCACGAGGUGGCGUGCCUUCCCGUCCUCGCCUGGAGGAACGCUGACUUCCGGGCCACCCUCUACGCCAGCUGUCGCCGUCUCCGCAAGAAGUUAUGGACAAGUGACAGUGUCAAGACCACCCAAGACAGUCAGAUCUCCAAGGACAUUCCCCAGACCACCCAAGACAGUCAGAUCUCCAAGGACAUUCCCCAGGCCACCCAAGAGAGUCAGAUCUCCAAGGACAUUCCCCAGGGCACCCAAGACAGUCAGAUCUCCAAGGACAUUCCCCAGACCACCCAAGACAGUCAGAUCUCCAAGGACAUUCCCCAGGCCACCCAAGACAGUCAGAUCUCCAAGGACAUUCCCCACGCCACUCAAGACAGUCAGAUCUCCAAAGACAGUCAGAUCUCCAAAGACAUUCCCAAGGUCACCCAACACAGUUAGAUCUCUAAG